AUGAGAGUAGCACUAUUUUUUUUAUAUUAUAUAUUUUUUUUUAAACAAAAUAAUACAUACAAAUUAAAUAAUAAUCCUCCUCCCUUAAAUUAUAUGUAUGGUAAUAAACUAAUUAUAAAUAUCCCGAGAAAUCGAGUAUGCGUAAGGCUUAUAAAUAAUUUACCUAAUGGUAGUAAACAUUCUGUUUUUCUUAUGAACAGCAAUAAAUUUAAUUUGAAAAUUGGCUGUGACCAUAAUAUCAAUAAGAGAAGAUAUUCGGUGUCUCCUAACCCGGGUAAAUUGUUUUAUAAUAUAACAUUAAGAACAAAUGAUGGAGAGAAAAAAAUUGAAUGUGAAGAAGAUGAAUAUAUAUUAGACGCCAGUGAAAGGCAAAAUGUCGAAUUGCCUUAUAGCUGCAGAGGUGGUAGUUGUUCUACAUGUGCAGCAAAAUUAAUUGAAGGAGAAGUUGAUAAUGAAGAACAAAGCUAUUUAGACGAUGAGCAACUAAAAAAAAAAUAUAUUCUUCUAUGUACAUGCUAUCCCAAAUCAGAUUGUGUCAUUGAAACGCAUAAAGAAGAUGAACUUCAUGAUAUGUAA